UCGUUCAAAAUCCCUCUCAUUGACUUUAGCAAGUAUCGCCAGGCAGGGUCCCUUUCCGAAAAGCGCAACGUUGCAGAUGAAAUCGUCAAGGGAUUCACGGAAGUUGGCUUCAUCUACUUGCAGGGACACGGGAUACCGAACGCAACUAUCAAAAACGCAUUCUCGAAGAGUGAGGACUUUUUUCGACUCCCCACAGACGCGAAGUCACAACUCGCAUGGGAGGACCCUCGCUCGAACCGCGGAUAUGUCUGCGUCGGCCGUGAGCGCACCACCCAAUCUGCGGACCCUGCUGAAAUUGCAAAGCUCCGCGCGACCGCGCCGGACUCUAAGGAGUCUAUGGAAAUUGGACGCGACUGGGAUACGACGUGGAAGAAUCGAUGGCCCCAAGAAAGUGCUGUUCCAGGAUUCAAGCAAACAAUGCUCGAAUUUUUCCAGACUUGCCAUGAGCUCCACGUCUUCGUGAUGCGCUCGAUAGCGCUCGGUCUAGACCUCGAGGAGGCAUAUUUCGACAACAAGAUAGACCAACAGUACCACAACCUGCGUUUACUCUCAUAUCCUCCCAUCAAGACCUCUCUGCUGCAAAAAGAGGGCCAGGCUCGUGCGGGCGCUCACUCUGAUUACGGAUCUUUGACGUUAUUAUUCCAAGACUCGGUCGGCGGCCUGGAAGUCCAGAACCCGCAUACCAAGCUCUUCCAGGCUGCCACCCCAAUUGAAGGUGCGAUUGUGAUCAACGCCGGAGAUCUUCUCGCGCGAUGGAGCAACGAUGUCCUUCGCUCCACUCUCCACCGCGUCGUCGCACCUCCAGCCAAGAAAAUUAGCGACACUGAGUCGGUUACACCCGCUCGCCAAUCCAUUGCUUUCUUCUGCAACCCGAACGGGGACUCACAGAUUGAAUGCUUGCCCAACUGCUACGGUGUUGGGAGGGAGAAGAAGUACCCGACUGUGCGUACUGAGGACUAUAUCGUAGGCCGCCUGUCAGCGACAUACAGCUGA